GCGCCCGCGACUGCUCUCGGCAACCCUGACGCGCUGCUGGGUGGCUGGGAGAAGUUAGUCACCCCGCGACCGAACCGAGCUAGCGUCGGAGCUCGAAUAGGCUAGGGAAGGAGGAGGCAGGAAACCCAGUACCCCCGGACAGCUGGAAGGAAGCGAAGGAGCGCGGGGGCGAGGGAUCGCUUGGGAAGCUGAGAGCCCUGGCUGGUGGAUGGUGUGGUACCGUCUGCAAAGCCGGAGCGCACUGGCCUGCAAAGGGGAAAAACUUGCGGCAGAAACUUCCUACCCAAAGCAAGAAAGGCAAGCGAGAAAGAGGCAGGGAGAGACUUGAAAUGUCUCAAUAACUUUAAAAUCACCCCAAAACAUCCCUCCAGAAGAUGAGGAUGGCAUGCCGCUAUAAAUUCAUUGUUCCACCUCCUCGCAUCUUCACAGCGCUCGCGCUGCUCUCCGCGCUCUCUACGGCCGACUGGGGAUGACGGCGGGCAGGAAGACACCGCAGCCAAAGGGACUCGGACGCGCUGCUUCACCGGCUCUCCUCAGUCUGCCCCCCACAUUUUUGUUUUGAUUUUUAUGGCUUUUUUCCGUCUCUUUCUUCCCUUCCUCCCGGUUUCAGCAGAGCCGAGGAAACCCUCAAAAUAAGAAAGGAAGUGGCCCCGAAGCUUGGAAACUCCGCAGCCAGCCGGUCCGGAGCAGCCAGGGGGCGGGAGGGGGUGCGCACCAGUUGCCCGCCUGAUGCGCGAUACCUUUUUUUACUUUUCUUGGCGCAACGACCUUGGCUACAUUUGGGUUUUCCUCCCUUCCCCGUAUUGGCUGAAUCUCCACUACCUAGCUUUUUAAUUUUAUUUCAUUUUUUUUUCCCCUUUCUUUUUCUUUACUCCCCUCUUUCCGGAGCACAAAUCCAAACAUUUUCCAAACCAACAAAGAAAAGUUAGCACGCUGGCACCGCGGCUCGGACAGGCUGGCGCUGCUUCUGGUCGCACUGCCUCCGACACUUGACUCAACCUUGAAAGCAAGUGUGUGUGUGUGUCCCCAUCCCCCCGCCCCGGUAACUUCCCUGUCGAAUAACAAAUACCCAUAAAGUCCCUGUCGCGCAGCCCCUCCCCGCGGGCAGCGCACUAUGCGGCUCGGGUGGGCGUCCCUGCUGCUGUGCGCGUUCCGUCUGUCCCUGGCUGCGGCCAGCCGGGCUGAGGCACCUGCCCAGGAUAAAGCCCAGCAGUCUCCGGUUGCUGCAGCGGCAGCCCAGCCCCGCGAGCGGCAGGGGGAGGAGGCGCAGGAGCGGUUCGAGCCUCUGGGCCAUCCAUACCCCCUGGCGCUGCAGCGCAGGAGCAGCGGGCUUGUGCAGAACAUCGACCAACUCUACUCCGGCGGCGGAAAGGUUGGCUACCUCGUUUACGCGGGCGGCCGAAGAUUUCUCCUGGACUUGGAGAGGGAUGGUUCGGUGGGCACUUCUGGCUUCGUGCCCGCAGGAGGCGGGCUAAGCGCACCUCGGCGCCACCGGAGCCACUGCUUUUACAGGGGCACCGUGGACGGCAGUCCUCGCUCCCUGGCUGUUUUUGACCUGUGUGGGGGUCUUGACGGCUUCUUCGCGGUCAAGCACGCGCGCUACACCUUAAAGCCUCUACUGCGGGGACCAUGGCCUGAGGGAGAAACCGGGCGCAUGUACGGGGAUGGGUCAGCACGGGUCCUGCACGUCUAUACCCGUGAAGGUUUCAGCUUCGAAGCCCUGCCGCCACGCGCCAGCUGUGAGACCCCCUCGUCCCGGCCGGGCGUCCACCAGCGCCUCCAGCUUCAUAGUAGUCCAGACCGACAUACUGCGCUGGCCUCGAAGCUCAGGGACCAGUCCGCUCUCUUGCCUGUGGAGGACCCAGGACCUCAGACCUGGUGGCGGCGUAGGCGCCGCUCCAUCUCCCGGGCCCGCCAGGUGGAGCUGCUCCUGGUGGCGGAUGCGUCUAUGGCGCGGAUGUAUGGCCGGGGCCUGCAGCAUUACCUGCUGACCCUGGCCUCAAUUGCCAACAGACUGUACAGCCAUGCCAGCAUCGAGAACCACAUCCGCCUGGUGGUGGUGAAGGUGGUGGUGCUGGGAGACAAGGACAAGAGCUUGGAAGUGAGCAAGAACGCAGCCACCACACUCAAGAACUUUUGCAAAUGGCAGCACCAGCACAACCAGCUGGAAGAUGACCACGAGGAGCACUAUGAUGCGGCCAUCCUGUUCACCAGGGAGGAUUUAUGUGGGCAUCAUUCAUGUGACACCCUGGGAAUGGCAGACGUGGGGACCAUAUGUUCCCCGGAGCGCAGCUGCGCUGUGAUUGAAGACGAUGGCCUCCACGCAGCUUUCACCGUGGCUCACGAAAUUGGACAUCUACUUGGCCUCUCCCAUGACGAUUCCAAAUUCUGUGAAGAGAACUUUGGUUCCACAGAAGAUAAGCGCUUAAUGUCUUCCAUCCUAACCAGCAUUGAUGCAUCCAAGCCCUGGUCCAAAUGUACCUCAGCCACCAUCACAGAAUUCCUGGAUGACGGCCAUGGUAACUGUUUGCUAGACAUACCACGCAAGCAAAUCCAGGGCCCUGAGGAACUCCCAGGACAGACCUACGAUGCCACCCAGCAGUGCAACCUGACAUUCGGCCCCGAGUACUCAGUGUGUCCUGGCAUGGAUGUCUGUGCCCGCCUGUGGUGUGCCGUGGUGCGCCAGGGCCAGAUGGUGUGUCUGACCAAGAAGCUGCCGGCUGUGGAAGGGACACCCUGUGGGAAGGGGAGAAUCUGCCUGCAGGGCAAGUGUGUGGACAAAACCAAGAAAAAAUACUAUUCAACAUCAAGCCAUGGCAACUGGGGGUCCUGGGGACCCUGGGGCCAGUGUUCUCGCUCAUGUGGGGGAGGAGUACAGUUUGCCUAUCGCCACUGCAACAAUCCUGCACCCAGAAACAGUGGCCGCUACUGCACAGGGAAAAGAGCCAUCUACCGCUCCUGCAGUGUGUUGCCCUGCCCACCUAAUGGUAAAUCUUUUCGUCAUGAGCAAUGUGAGGCCAAAAACGGCUACCAGUCUGAUGCAAAAGGAGUCAAAACAUUUGUAGAAUGGGUUCCCAAAUAUGCAGGCGUCCUGCCAGCAGACGUGUGCAAACUGACCUGCAGAGCCAAGGGCACUGGCUACUACGUGGUCUUUUCUCCAAAGGUGACCGAUGGGACUGAGUGCAGGCCCUACAGCAAUUCCGUCUGCGUGCGCGGGAAGUGUGUGCGCACGGGCUGUGACGGCAUCAUUGGCUCAAAACUGCAGUAUGACAAGUGCGGGGUGUGCGGAGGAGACAACUCCAGUUGUACAAAGGUUAUUGGGACCUUCAAUAAGAAAAGUAAAGGCUACACUGACGUUGUGCGGAUCCCUGAAGGGGCAACCCACAUAAAAGUCCGACAAUUCAAAGCCAAAGACCAGACUAGAUUCACUGCCUACUUAGCCCUGAAGAAGAAAAAUGGUGAGUACCUAAUCAAUGGAAAGUACAUGAUCUCCACUUCCGAGACAAUCAUCGACAUCAAUGGAACAGUCAUGAACUACAGUGGUUGGAGCCAGAGGGAUGAUUUCUUGCAUGGUAUGGGUUACUCAGCCACAAAGGAGAUCCUAAUAGUGCAGAUUCUUGCAACAGACCCAACAAAAGCUUUAGACGUCCGCUAUAGUUUUUUUGUUCCCAAGAAGUCUACUCAAAAAGUAAACUCUGUCACUAGCCACGGCAGCAAUAAAGUGGGAUCACACCUUCCACAGCUACAGUGGGUGACAGGCCCCUGGCUUGCCUGCUCUAGGACCUGUGACACGGGCUGGCACACCAGGACUGUGCAGUGCCAGGAUGGAAACCGGAAGUUAGCCAAGGGAUGUCUUCUCUCUCAGAGGCCUUCUGCAUUUAAACAAUGUCUGCUGAAGAAAUGUUAGCCUGUGGUAUGCUCUUAGGCACAACGAUGACUGUAGGAUCCAUCACUGUGGUGAACAUGAGGUCUACCCAACACACAGAAAGUCAUGCUUCAAUGUCAUUGUCACCAGGAGUUGAAUUAUGGGCAGAAUCUGCUCUCUGUGACCAAAAGAAGAUAUGCACUGCUUCAUGUGACAAUGGUAACCUUGGAAUAUAGGAAAAGUUUUUAGUUAUUGAACAUCCCCUGGACCUACAAGAAUGGAAAACACACUGUUAGAAUCAGGGGACGUUUGAAGAUGGCAGAACAGUCUCCCCCUUGUCACCUACCUCUUACAGAAUGUCUUCAAAGACAUCGUAAUCAUUUUCACCCAUGAUGCACAGUAGCUUAUUUUUACUGUUUGUAAAUACCUUCUUCCUUGGUAUGUCACUUUAUAUCACUUGGUUCUAUUAAAAUAUAUAUACAUAUAUAAAUAUAUAUAUGUAUGUAUAUAAAUAUAUAAAUAUAUAUAUAUAUAUAUAUAUACAUACAUACAUAUAUAUUUCUAUAAAAUAUUGUUUGACCAAAGUAGGUCUGCAGCUAUUUCAACUCUUUCCAGUUUCCAGAAAGAGCUGUGGAUGUUUUACUGGAAAUUAAGAACUUGCUGCUGUUUUAACAAGAUUUAGUAUGUUUUCUGAACACAGGAGAUAAAACAUAUUCAAAAAACAUUUUAACAGCAAGCAUCUCUUGAGCAAUUCUGAAAAGGAAAAGGAUCUCAUUGUAUCUAGUCAUUUAAAUACACACAUGGGUCCAUUUACUUAAAUCAUUGAAUGCCUGUAUUUUUUUCAGGCAGCCAGCCAAAUUUAAUAUAUGAUUAGGAUGUAGAAGUAGUGUGUGUGUGUGUGUGUGUGUGUGUGUAUGUGGUCAGCAUUCAGGAGUCUAAAAAUUAAUUUUCCUCGUGUUGGAAUUUAAAGGAUAAAAACACAUGUCAUCCAGUUUUCAAUUUAGAUUUUCACAACUUCUUUCUCUUUCUACGGCUCUUAUUUGAUAUCUCACAAUGUGUAAUGUACAUGCAGAAACCACAUCCCACACCCUCAACACUGGUAUACCUCUUACCAGCAAGCCUUUAAAAUGUGUUUGUUUUUGCUUGUUUGUUUGUUUUCUUGAUGGGUUCCAAAACACCUGCAAUGUUUUGUACUUCUUGUCAACCUGGUUUAAUAGGAAUAUUAAAAAUCACUUGGAAAUUAGUCAUAUCUAGAAGAGAUCAUUAUCAUUAAUGUGGUCAAUGCUAAAAAAAUAGUGUUUAACAUGAAUAAGGCUGUUUCCACACAAUAGGCAAUAAUUUCUUAAUAUUUUAAUAUAAUUCUACUUUACUAAAGAUUUUUCCCAACUGGAAAGUAUUUGCUUGUAUCAGUAAGUGUUUGAGUGACAAAAAUAUCAUGAUUUCCAGGAAGUCUGUUGCUUUUAGUUCCAUAGCCUGUGUAGGUAGGUUAUAAGUUUGAACAGUUAGACAUUGAAAAUAUUUUACAAUCAUGCAUAUAAAAGUCUUUUUUUAAAUAAAUACUGUAAACUGCAUUCUCCCAUUUCAUAACUCAGAAAAUCAAAGGUAUUUAUUUCACUGGUAUUUCUUUCUUCUUUGUGAGAUAUCACAAAGUUAAUUAAUUGUUUUAUAUAAAAUUUUAUAAUAAUAGAACCAAAUGUGCCUAUUGUUAAAAAAUUUGCAUAUAAGAAUUUUAGGGAAUUGUUGUUGGAGUUUCAUUAAACUUCUGAGAGUUUAUUUUUAUUAUAAUAUUUUAUAACAUAAAAGAAUUACCUAGUUGAUCUGGCUUUAUCACAUCUGUUUCAGUGGAUCAGGAAUAUGGAUAUCAUUCUUUGAAGUAUUGUCUUUGGAAAUUCCUUUUGUAAAACAGAUAAUGUUUUACAAAACAAAUGACUAUUCAGAUUUUCACAGACUGAGUUUGCUUUAGAAAUCGUAGUUUUAUCUUAAUAAAUUAUCAUUUUAAAAAAAUGGAGUCUAUAUAAGACUGAUACAUACAUUUGUUGGUGAGCACCAAAUACAAGGGCAGGGACAAAAGCCAGUCAAAUGGGUAAGAAAAAAAUUUAAAAUCUCAUUAAUUCAAACAUACUUUAUAGUUUUAAUAUUUUUCCUAAUUUAAAAAAUAAUUUUAAUCAACUAACUCAAAUAUCACAAGAUUCAUUUUUAUAUUUUGUGAUUCUACUUCCAACAACAUUAAAAAAAUUAAAGAGUACACAAGGCUGUCUCCUACUCUUCUUUACUGUAUUCAUAGAUUUUUAAUAGGAUUUAUCCAUGAUUCAUUCUUCCCCCAAAUAAUGAAGUUUUACACUUCUCUUUGAAAAAAUCUUAAUAGGGUUAAAACAAAUAAACCACUAUUCCAUGUUUAUAAGGAGCUUCUUUAUCUUUUUUUAAAAAAAAUAAGUUUUAAUAGAUUGACUGAGGAAUGUAUGUCUAAAAUCCUGAGAAACGUGAUACAGACUGGAACCUGAAAUUCAUAUGUGGAGUGUUCAGACUAAUGAACAAAGGAAAAAGUACUUUUCAACUCCAUCUAAUUCAGUCCAGUUUGAUAUUGUACUGUCUUACCUUUCCUUUGUUGCAUCUUGAUUUUUUUUUAAAAAGUAUAGGAUUCAGGAUGUUAAAAAAAAAGAAGAAGAAAAUGUAUAGUUUGUUUGAAAAAUGCUCAGGUUUAUAAAAAUCUAAUCUCACUUAUAUCACUAAAUGCUUCAGCAUAAGUUUCAUUAGAUACAAAGGGAGGCCAGAAGAAAAUAACAUGUAUUUGUUCUAGAUCAUAAAAGAUCUAAUUAACCCUUGACUUUUUGUUUUGAAGUAUAACAUUGGUAUAAUUUAUUUGACAAAUUCAACUCCCUUUGCCUUCCUGUGGAAACAGUUUUAUCCCAUAAAGUAAGAAUUAAGGGAUGAAUCACAAAUUUUUUUUAAAAAAAGUUGCAGCACUGAAAAAUAAGUAAUUUAUUGUUUUUGCAACUGGUAUGUGAAUUUGUGUGAUAAAAUUAUUUAUUCUUAUUUAACAAAAGUAUGUGCAAAUUCUUCUAUAUUUAAAAUGUUUUGCUGUUGUCCUGCUUUUUAAUUUAUGCUUCUUGUUUGUGUAUAAAGUACACUUUGUGAGUUUACAUGAUAUACAGCACUGGUUGCUUUUGUAUUUUUUUUUUUACAGAAAGCUUUCUGCAUGAAAUAGACUUAUGUGUAUGUGUAUAUAUUCUUUAUGCACCCUUACUUUGACACUAUCACUUUUCAUUGUAAGGAAAAUUUUAAUCUUUCAUGACUAGAGGUGUUCAUUACCUGUAGCUUUGUUCAUAAGUCUUUCAUAUCCUGUAAAACUCUUUUUUUCCAAGUCACAGACAAGAAAAAUGCUUAUUCAGUCAAAUAAGGUGCAAGUUCCAAACUCGAAUACAAUACAUAGCUGGGAGCUUCCCAUAGAAACUAUAACAACAAGACAGACUCGUUCACAUCACUGAUGAACAUGGAUGAGGAGUUAUUGGUGCAUGAUCUGAAAGUUGCGCAUGCACACCUCUGAGAGACAUGAAAAAAUGAUAAUGAAACCAGAAAUCAUCUUUUGAUGAUUUAGAUUUUUGAUGUUAGAGAUAUUUCCCAAAAUCAGUGAGUUAAUAUCUAGUGUCUGUAGGAUUCCAUACAUGAACACGAAUUGGAUUUGUGUGGUUUAGAUGCUGGUAGUCCUGUUUCUUCAAAUGGGGCUAUCCAUUGACUGAAUGUGAGUGACAUUUUGUGAUUACCAUUCAGUCACAGAGCAUGGUGAUUGUACCUGGGAUAGGCAGACACCAUUGCUAAGACCAGCUUGUCCCUGACUGUGACUUCAAUCCGAUCCCAGGAGGCAAAGCACCCUUACACUCACUGACCAUAUCCGGGGUCAAUCUCUGGUUCUGAUGCUUCCCUGCAAACUCCUUCCUUGCAAACAAGGUCUCUGUAACAGUGUAGGUGAGGACAUCAACUAGAUUCAGGAGUCUAUGACUUAGAGGUCACUAUUUAUAAAAUAAGAUCGAAUUUAAUAAUAAAUGAAUUUUACUAGGAGUCAGGUUGAAUGUGAAAUCUCAUUGCAUGAUGGGUGACAGUACUGAUUCCUUUAUAACUAAACUUGAGGUCACACAAAUACCCUACAUUUUUAACAUUUCAAAGCACAAAAUAAAUGAAAUAACCCUGAGGAAAGAAGUGGACAUCUAGAGCUAUAAAAGAACCAAAUUCAAGGUGCUUUAUCACUUAGGUACACCAAAAAGGAACUUGUAUGUUUUCUCUAUUAUUUGUUUUUUCAUUUGUCAGAAACAUAUAGUUUUAGAUCAAUUUAUAAAACUAAAAUUGUUCCUAAUAGCCCUCUGUUAGCAUGAAUUAUAGAAAGAACAUAUUGAAUUAUAUCACUAUGAAACACAUACUUUCUAUUCAAUUAAAUAUAGGAACAUAUUGAAACAUGAAACCACGCACUAGUCAACCAAAAAAUGGGAAUACAGAUGGUGUUUGGAUCAGCAAAGCAUUUAAUCAAGCAAAUGUCUGGUGACUUGGUAUGAUUUUAGUGCAGGUUUUGUGGGGAAAAUAAAGGAAUAUGUUGUUAAAUGUUGUUGGUUUUGUAAGAGAGUAAGAUUUUAGCACACACAGUAGCUGUCUCAGUUAAUUGCACCUUACCAAUAUACUAGCACUUUAGCAAUAAUUUUGCUGUCUCUAAUCCUUAUUCUGUGGCUCCAUUAACUACUUGUGAGCUGUGUAGGUCAAAUGAAAAGAUAAAUAAAAAUCCAUGUUCUAAGGCACUGCCACAUUAGCAACCCAUGGUACAACACUGUGAGGAAAAACUCAUUUAUAAAUUAAACAGGGAAUUGUUUUUCUUAAAUUUUUCUUUGGCACAUCUAAUGAAGAAUUUUAACUCUUUUUGAGGUGCUAACAUUUUCCCUAAUCAGCUAUCAAAUGUGCUAUAUCGUUUUGAAAAAUUUUUUAUUGGUGCAUUAUAAUUAUACAUAGUGUAAUUCAUUGUUACAUAUACUUAUAUUCACACCACAGAAUCUGGUCAGUUUCAUUCCCUACAACCCUCCUUGUGCCUCUCUUAAUCAAUCCCCCUGUUCCCCUUCUUCUAUUCUCCUGGUUUCCUUUCUAUUUCUAAGUUAUUAUUUUUUUCUAACAUGAGUCUAUAAUUUCCAAGAAAGGCCUCCAAGCUUUUUUGUCAAGUUUGAGCAUCAUUUAAUACUGAACGUUAAAUAAAUAAGCACAGUCAAUGGUUAUUUUUUGACCAACCAUGGUCAAUAGCAUAGACCCUCUGUACCUCUGAGGAUGUUUAAAUUCAAAACUUGAAGAAUGUCAGGCCAGAUUCAUGAGUAGAUGAAUCAUGUUUUACACAUUCCAUACAAAUUUCCAUGUAUAUUUGGCCUAACAUUUUUUAAACUUCUCAAUAUUUUAUGACCACACUAAAUAUUUAGUGACCAUAUCUUAGCCUUUUAACAACUCAAUCUACUAGAAGCAUUGCUACCUAAACUGAGGGUAUGUUUAAAAUAGAAGUUUAUACUCUGUGUAACCUUGUAAGGCUAAACUUUUGAUUAAGAAAUAUUGAAAUAGUAUGCACAUUAUGCACUCAGGCAUGACAUUAUUGGUGCGUCUCACUACAAUUAGCAGUUGACAAACUCUGCUUACGUUUUAUCAAUGAUUUAUCAGUCAGUGAAAAUCAUGCACAUGCUUUGUGAAUAGAAACUUCAGAUAACUAAGUAGAUUGCAUAAAUAUGUUACAUUUGAUGUAAGCAGUGGCACAGGCACAGAUUUUUGAAUUCUGAAUUAGUGUCUGUGAGUAAAUUCAAGUAGUAAAUCUACGUAGGUUUCAUUUUGAAACAUACUUUCAUGGUAAACAAUAAUAAUGAAGAUUUACAUAACUAAAUAUUAAAUAUAAAAUGUAAGCUCUUAGUAUCCUCAGUAUUCCAGAAGGGAUGGUGUAUAAUGCAAUCAGAAGACCAAAAAUUGUUGAAAACUAAGACCAUCAUGUUUUAAAUGUCUCUUCAGCUUUGGUAAACUACAAAUUGGAAUCAAUACUCUAAGCAUUACUGUGUCUUAUACCCUGCAUUACAUAAUUGCUCUGUUAUUCAGGUAAACCGCUUGAACUGAGCCUCCAGGGACUUAUUCUGUAAUAUUUUUCAUUGAGGAACAAUAUCCUACUUUGUAAAAUACUUCCCUGUGUGUGACUUAACAACUGUAAAAUUAAGCAUUGGUCUUGUGGUUUCAGUGGACAUAAUAAAUACAAAUUGUAAACUA